AUGAGGAAUUGUAGUCAAACUGAUAUUAGCUGGCACCUCCAUCUCACUGUUCCCUCCAACGUUUUAAAGAUAUACGCGAUGGGUUCAUACAGAGUUCCUAGGAAAAGAAAUAUCGAAAAGCAAGCUUUAUCAACCUGGUACCUCCACCUCACUGUUCUCUCCAAAUCUGCUUCAACUUCAACUUCAGUAGAAGGAAUGCUUGAAAUUGAGGAACAACGAAAUCACGAAGAUAAAAUUAAGAAAGCUCGCAAAGAAAAACGAUCAGAAAGAAUACUUGAAGUUGAUGAGAAAAAUAAGUACAGCGAUAUUAUGAUCAAGAAAUCCGGAGAACUGACAUUUAUUCUUGAGCUUUUGGUCACCAGAGAUCUUGGGUUUAUCCAGGAUCAUAUUUACAAAACGCCUCUUUAUAAGGAAUUUCUCAAUGCAGACGAGACAGCUCAAUGUAGAGUUCCUAGGAAAAGACGUAUCGAAGAGCAGAUUUAG